AUGAACAAGCCUGGAGACCCAUACGGCCACAGGAUGCCAGAUCUGAAGGCUCCAGAUCUCAUGAAGUUGCUGGAUCUCAGCGCGCAAUUGCCCCUUGAGGGUGAGCUCACGCCCGUCAUGGCGUGGAUGCUGCUUCUGCAGAACAGCAGGGUCUCUGAGAUGACAGUUCAAGACUUUGAGCUCGUCAAGGCUGACCUUGCUGGAAAGUCUCGCAGUUUCGGAGCCGUUCUGGAAGAGUUCGAAGUACGUGACGCUCUUAGCAACCUCUUCAUUGCAAAGGAGAACAUGUCGCUUGGCCAGGUUGCCAUGCCUCAACAGAUUGAGGCCUAUUGA